GUUCCUCGUUACCAUUUUCUUUCUUUUUAUUCCUUGCUUUAAUCUUCCAUUUUUUUCUCGGAAAACUCAACGAAGUUGGAGUAUGAGUGAAGAUGAAUGGGUCACUCAAGCUUUGACUGAUUCCACGUUGGCGGCAAAGGUCUUACUCAGUCUUUUCCAACCGGUGUCUCCACCGUCGCGGUCAGGCAACGCCACGUUCAAAGCUUUACAACUCGAGUGGAGAGUCCGUCAACGCCGGUCCAAGCAAUCUCUUAAGAAGAAAGCCGAGCCGACUCGUGCCAGCCCCAACACGCCGCUUUCUUGGAGCGGUGGCGUAUCUUUUAGUGGAAGCGGUAGUUGUGACGGCUACGAGGAGUCUAGCCGUCCUCCUUUGAAGCCGGUUGACAACUCUAGAUCUAAGGUUGAGACGACAAACGAGAUAACUCCUCCCAAGCGGUUUAGAAGGAAAAAGACACUAGCUGAACUUAAGGAGGACAUAAGUUCACACUUAAAGGAAAACAAAAGUUUGAAGAAUGAACUGGAAAUGGUGAAGCUCAAAUUCCAGAAUGUCAGAACCGAAAACGAAACGUUGAACAGAAAGCUCGAAUUCGAGAAAGCGAGAGCCUCAAAUGAAAGCUCCAAGAGAAUGAAGUUCGAUUAUCACUCGCAUCUGCAUCCGAACGAUGCAAUAUCAGAGGUACACCAACAAAGAGAAGCAACUUGUCAUGCAAGCAUAGCGUGCAACGAAGACAAACCGCCUAUGCCUAAUCGACGUUCCGAAGGAUGGAAUAUGGGAAUGGCAAGCCGCAACGAAACGUCCUUUGAGCUGCCGGAUCUCAAUCUUCCUGUAGAGGAUGGUUCGGGUUUUUGAAGUUUGUGGAUGGAAAAUAAGUGAACAUCGUUAUCUGAUCAACAAUUCUUUUUGCCCACAAAGUUAAGUGGUAGCUAAAGCAUUAACAUAAUAGUCGUAAUGGUUGUAAGUAGUAAAAGUUAAUUAAUUAAUUGUUUAGAUUAAAGAAUAGAAUGGAUAAUUCUUUGUAUUUGCCGGUUUCAACUUUUAUCUUAAAUUCUUUUGGGGCUAACACUUGAGGAAUUGUUUUUAACUGAUAAUUAAUUAAUUAAUUGCAAUUAUUGUUUAGAUUACUGCAUCUAUACGAUUU